CCGAACACUUUCAACCCCAUCACAAUCAACAAUGGCAUCUCCAUCUCGCUCCCUGCAGGCCUCGGCCCUAUCAAUGGCCUGCCUCUCCAUCGGACACACGAUCGGCGGCCGCCAAUGGACCUCUGACCCUGCAUUUGGCGUCAUCACGGGCACCAAGCCGUGGGCCUGCGGCAUCGUCGGCUGGUUUCAGGGAAGUGCGUUCUUCAUGAUGACCGGUCUCCUCCACUAUCAAUGGGCUUCCAACCCCCGCCUUCUGCAGGAGCCCACUAACAAGGCCAUCGCGGUCAUCAUGAACGGAUUGCUGUGGGCGAGUUCUGCCUGGUACUUCCGGCACGGCAUCAAGGAGAAUGGCUGGGUGGUUGGGUUCGGCGCUGCGCUGCAGGCUUGGGCGGUCGCGAGGGCUUGGUUGAAGUACUAGUGUGGUGGUUGUCUUGGUUAGGGUAUAUAUGUAUCGUGUCUGCUGGAGGGAUGCUUGGGGUUUUGAUCUCGGGUAUUCCUCUUGUCUACUGUACGCAUGUAGACUUUUCAUUGAUGGAAUAUGAUACCUUCUAAACUGC